AUGGCUGCCGCCUCGCCGCAGUUGCCACUGCGCUUCCCGUGCUGGUGCCGAGCUGUGUACUCAUGGGGCGGAGAGACGACACGCGACUUGGGCUUUGUGGAGGGCGACUUGAUUGAAUGUCUGAAUGCAGGCGACGGACAAUGGUGGAUGGGUCGUCUGCGCCGUGAUAGGCGUGCGGUUGGGCUCUUCCCAUCCAACUUCGUCGAGCUCCUCAGCGAGGACUUUGUCCCUGUCAGCCGGUCAGCCAGCCCAAUGGUUCAAGCAAACACAUCCCCUAUCAACAAUCCUACAGCGGCCCCAAAGAAACAAAAAACGGUGUUCCGGAAGCCCUUCCAGGCCCAUAAAGAGGCCGUUGCCCCCUCGUCCCAACUGGCCCGCAACGGAACAACCUCAACUGUCACAAGCAAUAUUCCACAAACCCCCCCCUCGAGAUGGCUCCGUUCCGCGAAGCGUCAAACCGCUGCGCACCCAUGCAUCGCAAGUCAAGAACCAAGGCUCCUUGUCCCAGUCGUCGCCGGGAUCGCGUCCCUCUUCACGUGGUGCUUCUCCCCUCUCACCCCCACAUCUUCUUCUCGCCCUUCUUCGCGCGAAGUCUCGCCAUUGGCACUACAGGAACCUGAAGAAAACUCUCCUCCUCCACCCCCACCGCCGCCGCAUCGAGUCGCAGUAAGUCGCGCACCCUCGCCUUCUCCGCAUCGUCCAUUACACUCUACUCGAUCCGGAUCACAUUCUCCACAUCCACCAACGCACCAUCCUCGGCAGCCAUCGCCUCGGUCAUUAGCUCCCUCGCCCACGCCUUUGAUUAUGAAUGACCGAUAUGUGACAUUCUCUCGGACGCCAUCACCAGCAGCCCUUUCGAUGCACUCGGCAAAAUCCGAACAAACAGAUGGCAAUGGAAACACCCCAUCUCCUCUUCGCGACGCAAUGGAGGAUGUCAUGACCUCUUUGCAAGAUAUGGGCAUGCCGCGACAAGCUCCGUCUCCUUCUCCUCCGCCUAUGUUCAAGAACCCUUGGUCGCCCGAUGCGUAUGAUGAAAUGCGUGGAGCAAAACAAUCAGACGACAGAGGCCGACCUGUAUCAUCACUAGGGUUUGAUGGGAAUAAAGGCCAGUACAAUGGCGGGUUGAUGCAUCGAAAUAGCAUCGCUACCCAAGACCAUUACAUGGAGGGCCCACCUCAACUGAACAACUACGUCCAGAGAAUGGAGAGCCGUCUUCGUCAGUUAGAAGACCAAAAUAAGCCGCCUGAGGAGGAAGAUAUUCCUCCUCCACCUCCGCCGAAGCACGCUACCUAUCACCCUCGACACACCUCCAUUCCGGCACAAUACCCGCAUCUGAGAGCUCAAAAAUCCGGACAGGACUUGAGAGGAGAAAACCUCAGCAGAACCUUUACCUACAAAUCGACGACCACGGAUUCUUCCAGCGGCGUACAAAGUAAUGGAACCAGCAUGACAGUCAGUACGGACAAAACAAGUCAGAGUCUGAUGAGCGGCCCAUCUGCUGGAGGCUUCAGUGCGACCAGUGCCGGCAGCUUUGCAAGGCGGAAUUUUGGUGACCGGCCAAAUACAGCUAUGGACUCGAUCCGGUCACGGGGAUUCAGUGAUGCAGGAAAGCGACCAGAAACACCCCUGACGGGCAUCUCCUAUCACUCCAGCCAUAACACAUCCCGACAAGGUGCAUCUUCGGCCAUCCCGUGGUCAUCGGCAGAUGUAGAUGGAGGAGAGCCAUCUGGUGUCUUUGGCGGCCUUUCCACGCCGAAGGGCAAGAAGCACGGCUUCUUCAAGAAGAUACUUGAAUCUGCCAAAACUGGAGCGGCGAGCGCGAGGAGCAGCAUAUCUGUUGGUCACAGCGAUCGGUCACAGUCACCAACGAAAGGGAACAGAUUGGCUGGCGCAGUGUCGCCCCUCCUCAUGUCCCAGUCCAGCAAGGACAUGGCCCGAGAUACAGUAUCUACAAACAAUCCUGUUGACUGGGUCCAGGUCCGUCGAGAUGUCAACCGUGCCUCUUCUCCCAGCCGAAAUGAGCGGAUUGAACGGGCUGAGCGAUGCCAGAUGCUGGAUCAUCCGGUGAUCUAUGCGGUAGAGGAACUCGGUGAGACCGCGGAAGGUGAUGAAAGCAUUGAUGGACUACCCAUCCUUGAGCCCACAAAUUUCAACGCACCAAAUCUUGGCCUCGUUGACAAAAGUGCCCGCUUCGUGAACAGUCUUCCGCCCAUGACGAAUCCGAUGAGUUUGGCCCAGGGAUACAUUUGCCGUCCCUAUAAGAGUGAUGUGCAACGCUUGCGUGCGAUCUUCACUUGGGUCAGCGAGAAAAUCGCCUGGGAGGAGCCAGUUGAUGGUCUCGAUAUAGACCUGAAAAGACUUCUACAAGCCAAACGUGGCACUCCGCAAGAGAUUGCUCUUCUUGUCAAUGAGAUGUGCGCCGCUGUAGGUCUUCACUCGGAGAUAAUCCAUGGAUUCCUCAAGACUCCCGGAGAUGCCCUGGACCUGGACAGUCUCUCACGCCCUAACCACUGGUGGAAUGCGGUUCUCGUGGACGGCGAAUGGCGCUUCAUGGAUUGCGCGCUCGCUAACCCGACCAAUCCUGUAAGGAACAAAUUCGUCACUAACAAUUCGCCAGUGGCUGAGAGCUGGUACUUCCUGGCAAGGCCACUUGACCUCUGCUAUACCCAUGUGCCUUUGUACCCAGAAGAACAACAUAUCUGUCCUCCAAUAUCACCAGACGUCCUGUUGGCACUGCCAACCGUCUGUCCUCCGUUCUUCAAACUGAACGCCCAGUUUCCGGAUUACGAUACCAGUCUGAUCCGCCUCGAGGGAUUGGAGGUAUUGCAAAUCCGUCUUGUGGUCCCAGCAGAUGUUGAAUGCGCAGCUGAAGUUGAGUCACCUGCAUUUGCUUGCGAUGUCGAUGGUGAUUUCUUCGAGAGCGGCGACAUUGUUCGCAAACGAGCUCUUGUCCAGCCGGACUGGCACAGUGGCCAAAAGCGGAUUACUGUCAAGGCUGUGCUGCCAGGCGAUGAGGGUCAGGGUGUGCUGAAGGUAUAUGCUGGCAAGAAGGGUCUCAUGCAUUCCAGCCGCGAUAUUCCUCAUCCAUUGGCACUAGCCCUUCCAAUCUUCCACACCGGAGAGAAUCCACCAUACGAAUUUGUUUUGCGCCAUCCCACGCCUCAUGCCCAGCGGCAUGACCUUUAUAUCAUGCAACCUCAAUGUUCCCGGCUGGCCGUCAAUAAUACCUUUGUCUUUGCUGUUCGCCAACAUCCUUCGUCGGGUCCGCCUCCCCCUCCUUCUAAGGAUAACGAGCUCGUAUCUAACGGCCGAACCUCGCCAUCCAUCUUCACGCGCCCAUCGAGUGCUCUCAGCAUGGUUUCCAGCACGGCCGGCAUGUCUACGAUCUCGAGUGGCUCAAACGAGUUUUCUGCGUCAACCUCGGCUAUCUCGUCCACAAAGUCCGGUUCCGGACGAGAAAAGCCAGCGAAACUGGCGAUCCAGUCUCCCUCUGGCAAGAUUCUACGCCUCACCCGUAAAGCUGAGCAUAUGAUCAGCAGCCCUGAUACCGGCCGCACUUCCAUGAGCGACGCCAAUGGCGAGGGCAGCGUCUGGGAGACCGUCAUCAAGAUCGGCGAGCGCGGCGUCUGGCGCGGCCUCGUGCUCGCAGAUCGAGUCGCACGUUGGUGCGUCUUUUGCGAGUGGGAGUGUAACUAA